UCUCUAUUGUUCGUUCUGCCAGGCUCGGAUGAGCCGCUAUGUCCCAAAGCGAUUCUGUCAGGUUACACGGUGAUGGCACCUUUCAACAGUACUGUAUUGCUAAGGCAGCACACGUCGCACAUAUCCCGCCAGGGGUCGACCUAGCAUCCGUGGCACCCAUUCUCUGUGCUGGCAUCACGGUUUAUAAGGCACUGAAGGAAUCGAAUGCCCGUCCUGGACAGACUGUCGCCAUUGUCGGGGCAGGAGGCGGACUCGGUACGCUUGCUAUCCAAUUUGCGAAAGCGAUGGGCGUUCGGGUGCUGGCGAUUGACGGUGGCUCUGAAAAGGGAGAGCUGUGCAAGAAGCUCGGCGCGCGGACCUAUAUUGAUUUUGAGACAGCGAAGGACAUCGUAACGGAUGUCAAAGCAGAAACAGACGAGCAUGCUGGCCCUAACGCCGUGUUACUGAUUGCACCGUUCGAGAAGCCGUUCCAGCAAGCCUGCGAGUAUAUACGGCCACGUGGGACGAUUGUCGCGAUAGGAAUGCCCGCGGAUGCAAUCCUUCGGGCGCCUGUGUUUGAAACGGUCGUCAAGAUGAUCACGAUUAAAGGGAGCUAUGUUGGGAACAGGCGCGAUACGGCGGAGGCGAUCCAGUUCUUUGCGCGGGGGUUGGUUAGUGCCCCGCUUGAGCUGAUGGGACUCAGUCAGUUGCAGGAGAUAUUCGAAAGAUUACGCGCCGGGAAGGUAGCGGGGAGGAUAGUAGUUGACACAAGCAAGUAGAAUAUUGGGGGAGGAUGGGCGGUUUGAUCGACGAAGCGCACGCAAGAUGGCGGGAGCUAGAGUCCCAGGCGUCGUUGUGUGAGACAGGUAUCAUAUUUUCUGACAGCUCGUGGCGGGCAAGUUUGAACACAACGGAGGAAGUAGUGACAAUAGUUACUCAAAGCUUGCGAAUGGCUGAUAUAACCUAUUGUCACUCUAAGUUUUCACGGC